AUCUCCAAAUCGUUGACUUCAACCAUAGUACUGUUUGAUAAACUAGGCAAGUGACUCCACGACUAUGAAAGAUAUAUCAUGUUAACUUCAGUCAUUGUUUGCAAUGCCUGUGAGGCUUCACCCUCACCUGUCUGUCCGGUUUAACAUGGUGGACGCAGAUGAAAUCGCGAAGUUGUGCUACGAGCGCUUCAAGCAGCUUCCCCGCAGAGGGAAGCCUGAGCCGGGCAGAGAGUGGACCCUGCUGGCCGCUGCGCUCAAACUCAGCAGGUGUGUUCACUCUGACAAAGUUGAUAAGGAGGUCGUCUCCCUCGGAACCGGAACUAAAUGUAUUGGACAGACGGCUAUGAGUCCCAGCGGUGACGUUCUUAACGACAGUCAUGCAGAAGUCAUUGCCAGAAGGGGCUGCAUCAGGUACCUGACGUCAGAGCUGCACAGGGCUGUGAGCGGUGAAGAGAGCUCUGUGUUCUGUCGGGGAGACGAGCGAGGGAAGUGGAAGCUUCAUACUGGAGUUUCCUUCAUCUUCUUCACCAGCCACACUCCCUGUGGAGAUGCGUCAAUCAUCCCCAUGGCUGACAUCCAGUCUCAACCCUGUCCUGCUGUCACAUCUGCAAAGAGCCCAGAAGGGUCUGAUAAAGGCAGAGACCUGAAAAGGAAAGCUGAGGCCCCAAGUGAAGAGAGAAACACUAAAGUGUCCCGUCUAGAGGAACAGGAGACAGCUGAGACAUCAACAAGUGAAGAACCAUCACUGAGUCUCUCUACAAAAACACCUGAGGAAACCUUCUCACAAAAUCCUGCUGGACUGCUUCCACAGGUCUCAGACAUUCACAGAACGGGGGCCAAGUGUGUCCCGGGGGGCCACGCGGACCCUCUGCACCCAGGGGUGGGGUACCACUGCGCAGGGAUGCUUCGGGUGAAACCCGGACGAGGAGAGACGACUCUCUCCCUCUCCUGCAGUGACAAACUGGCUCGCUGGGGGGCGCUGGGCUUCCAGGGUGCUCUGCUUUCCCACUAUCUGCAGGAGGCGCUUUACUUCAGCACCGUGGUGGUGGGGAAGUGUCCAUACAGCCAGGAAGUCAUGCAGCGAGCUUUGAUCACAAGGUGUUCCCGUGUGUCUAACCUUCCUGCUGGUUUCUCUGUGUGUGCACCUGAGCUGCUCCAAUCCAGCCUGGAGUUCCCGUUCAGUCAGGCUCAGACCGAGCUCCAACACCAGGACGGAAAGGGACGGAUCUCCCCCUGUGGGGCAGCCAUCAGUUGGUGUAAUGUGCCUGAGCAGCCACUAGAUGUCACUGCCAACGGCUACAAACACGGAGUCACCAAGAAAGCCCUCGGCACGUCAAAGCUUAGGUCUCUCCUGUGUAAACUGGAGCUUUUCCAUUCCUUCCUGUCUCUGGUAUCGGCCACUGACCCUGCAGCACGACCCGACUCUCUCAGGGGAGCAGAUCUGCAGACUUACUGGGACUACAAGAAGGCCUCUCAGGCUCACCAGCAGGCGUGGCAGCAGCUCCACAGCCAGGCCUUCCCGCUGUGGCCACGCAGUGACAGAAAUCUACUGCUCUUCCGCUGAAAAGCUGAGGUGUCCUCGAUAGGAUCGAUGAAAAUAGUGCAUUUUUUUUGUAGCAAGGAUCAAAGGGUUAAAGAACUGCUGGUCGGAGAGAGGAUUGGUCUAUCCUGGGCCCGUGAAACUCACAUUUUAAACAAAGGACAGCAGAAAAGGGUAAAUUACAGAAAACCUGAAUCAUGAUCUUCUUUAUAUAAAUGGAUAAUUUGAUUUAUCUGAUUUUUAAGAGUUAAUUUCCCAUCACUGGUUUGGUCAUCUGGUCAAUCUGGAUAAAUAUUAUUCGACUAUUUUUGACUUUCUCACUGCUUUAAGCAGCAGGACAUUGUGCUCUGUCCUGCUGGUAAGAGAGGUCGAUGACCGCUCCUCAGUGUCCUCAGAUGAUGGCUUUAUUUUCACAAUGACUGUAACAUGUUGCGAAUGCAGCUGCUAGGGGGUCACUCUCUACAGCCACAGCUGGACACACCUGUGUGUGAACAAAAGGGUUCCGAGUUCGAUUUGCUACAAUUGACCUGAAGUGUGUUUGGUAUUAUAAAUGAUUCUAGUCCUCUGGGACUCUGCUGUCACUCAUGAGGACAAAUAGCAAACUUCUACUAACAGUCCCGCAUUGACAUCCAGACAGCAGAUCAACACAGGGACUGAGGAUCACUUGUGUUGUUGCUGAAUCUCAGCAGAUUCUACUGAUAAGUAGCAACCUAACUGAGCUCGGCUAAUACAGAACAGUGUGCUACAUGUUAUCGCCUCACAAGCGUCCCUUACCCAUGAGAAGCUGGGUAUUUUGUUUCGAUUGGGCAUGUUUAUACAUUAGAAGUUUCUGACUUUAUUUUCAUACAAUGAUAAAAUAUGAUAUUAUA